AUGAGUUUUCCUGUAUCGAAGAUUGCUGCUUGCCAUAUUGCACCUGUUUGGCUCAACACUGCGGCCACCAUUGAAAAGGCAAUUGCCUGGAUAAGAGAGGCCGCUGAUAACGGCGCCCAGUUGAUAUGCUUUCCGGAAACAUUCGUCCCAUGUUAUCCUGUUUGGACUCAGUUCAAGUCCCCUGUCGACAAUGGAAAACUUUUCCAAAAGCUAUGUGAGCAGUCACUUUAUGUCAAUGGUCCCGAGAUCUUCGCAAUUCAGCAAUUAUGCGCCGAAUUGAAAGUCCUGGUAUGUCUAGGUUUUAAUGAAAGGUCCAGGUCUAGCGUGGGAUGCUUGUGGAACUCCUAUGUAUUGAUCAGUGACGACGGAAAGAUUUUGGCACACCACAAAAAACUCAUGCCGACAUUUUUCGAAAAGCUCAUUUGGUCGCAUGGUGACGGCCAUGGCUUGGAAGUAUGCGACACUAAGAUCGGCCGGAUCGGUGCUCUUAUCUGCGGAGAGAACACGAACCCUCUGGCCAAAUACUCGCUUAUCGCACAAGGUGAACAGAUCCACAUCUCAUUAUGGCCCCCAUUCUUUUUGACCAAGAGGCCCGAGGAGGGCGAAGAAGACGGCUUUGGUCACGCUACCAUGAUAAGAGCUGCCUGUCAAGCGUUUGAGGGCAAGACCUUUACUGUUGUUUGUAGCAACUUCUUUGACGAUGCAGCGAGGGAGUUUUGUAAAGCCGACGAUCCUGCUAAUGCCGAUGCGUACGACCUUGUGGGACAAAGCACCACCCUCUUUAUUGGGCCCGACGGCAAGCCUAUUGGGGACGUACUUAAGGACGAAGAAGGUAUCGCUUAUUGUACUUUCGACCUCAAUAAGAGUGUUCCUUGUAAACAAUUUCAGGACGUUGCGGGUUAUUAUCAAAGGUACGACAUUUUCAAACUAACCGUCGAUAGAACACCAUCGGUACCAGUCACCUUUCUCGAGGAAGCCAGCAGCAAAAUUGAGUAUCCAUCGCCUUAA